UGAGUCAUACCGAUUACCGACAUCAUUAUGGAACAUUUUCGCAUACUAUAGAGUAUAGACUACAGCUUAUAGUUCUACAGUCUACACUGACUUCACUCUACAGUCUACAAAUUAUAGUUACAGACUAACAGUAAACAUUUGUAGGUGUUUGCCACUUGGUACACGUCGUACGAUUUUUUCGCAUUUAGUCUUACAGAAAUUGUUUUCCGUUUGACAAUUUCCAAUCUUCGAUACUCUUUUGUAAUUUGCUCUAUAAAGCCAAACCAACGUCAUGUCGCUGUACCCUUCUUUGGAAGAUUUAAAAUUGGACGAAUUCAUUAAGACACAAAAUCAAAUUGUACAACAAAAUGAGAAUCCACCUCCGUUUAUGGCUAUUUGUCCACCGCAUCCAUCGGGAAUGGAUCAAGAAUCACUAGGUGCCAUGUACCCAAUACUCAAUGAUUAUUUGGGAUUAGAGCUCAGUAUUCUAGCACAGAAUAACAGAGACAUUCCUUCCCAGAAAAUUGAAUCGAAAAAUAAUGUUGUAGCGAUUCCUUUCCAGGAUAUUCCUGCACAUGUGACAAAUGGUGUGCGUAAGUUGGUGUUAUGUAAAGAUGGAAAAGGACAGAUUGGAUUAAAAAUGUCCACAUUCAACAAUGGCAUAUUUGUUAGUGUUGUAAUUCAAGACAGUCCUGCUGCUAAAGCUGGUUUAAGAUUCGGUGAUCAAAUAUUACAAAUUAAUGAAGUUUUUGUUGCGGGAAUGAGUGUUGAUAAAGUGAACAAAAUCUUUAGAGAAUGUUCAGUAAAUAACAUAAGUGUUAUUGUAAGAGACAGGCCUUUGGAACGUACAAUAAUUCUGUACAAAGACCGUGCUGGUCAAGUUGGAUUUCAGUUCAAAAAUGGUAAGAUUAACAAUAUUGUUAAAGAUUCAUCAGCUGCUCGUAAUGGAGUGCUCACCGAUCAUCAGUUAUUGGAAGUAAAUGGACAAAAUAUCAUUGGCAUGAAAGACAAACAAAUAGUGGACAUUAUUGCUAAUGCCUCAGAUUCAAUUAGUAUAACAAUCAUUCCAGUAUCGAUUUACGAACACAUGAUCAAAAAGAUUGCACCAUCAUUGAUCAAGAACAUAAUGGAUCAUUCGUCAAUUUAAGAACAAACAAGAAACCUACUCAUCUGUUGAAGUCAUAUUUAAAGUUUAUUAUUUACUUAACACAGUUUCAUUUUAAUUUGUGAUUUAUCUGUGCAUGGAAAGGUCAUCCAUUAAUUAAUAUUAUCUAGUUUUUUUUAUACAACUAUAUUGGGCAAGAUAUAUCAAAUUAUACUUUCUACUUAAAUUAAACUUUCAAUCCAUUCAUUCCUAUAUUAGUUAUAUUUUGUUUAUUUUUGAUUAUUAUUUAUGGAUAUUAAAUUCCGAAUUGUUAAAUGUUAAACAAAGAAUUUGGAAUUAUUUUGUAAUGGUAUAUGAUAACUCAAUUUUAUUUAAAUUUAGGUAGAAAAAUCUAUUUUUUUUUUUUUAAAUGUAUACUUACUAUAAUAUUACUAUAGAUAUUUUGUUAUUAUUAUUAGUUAAAAGUUAGAUUUUGUUUUUUAUAUUUUUUUAAUACACGAGCACUAUUUAAAUUUUGUAGAUAAGAACUACAAUUAGCUAAAGCUUUGUUCCAGCUAAAUAUUAUAAACUAUUUAAAUU